AACGGUCAGCAACUAAGCGUAAAACUUUAUCCACCCCGAACCAUCGCAGAGAAAUUGAUCCAAACAGACAUAAUCCAUAGCGACACAUUUUAUGCAAGCGCAGCAAUCGAUCGCACCGCGAUCAACUCAAUUCAUAGCGACACAUUUUAUGCACGCGCAGCGUUCGCCCUGAAACAAGCAAAUCAAUGAACGAUAUUUUCAUAUCAGCAGGUUAAAGAAUAAAGAAAUGGAAACGACUGAAAACGAAACCACCCUAAGGAAAAUUCCAUAAGUAACUUAAUUCUUUUGUUUACAACAGAGUGCUAUGCUCUUGCCGUCAACCAAGAAGUUACUCAAUAACGUAAAAAGUUUUAACCUAAUUUAAGGCGAAUGAACUAACUAUAAACUAAGAAAUUUUUGGUAUAAAUAAAGCUGUCUUCCCCAGCCAACGAGAGAGUUGGUUCUGGGUUGAGACUUGACGCAACUCAAAUCUGACGUCCAAUUCCUUUCAAGAGCUUUGAGAGUCCCCUUACCCAAGGUAAGGCCUCAAAGGCUACAACGAGCCAGUAAGGGAUGUUCCUUCUGAAUAUCUAGAGUCGCCUGGCCGACUCAACGCCGAUGAGCUUCGAGUGUCCCCCUACCAAAGGUAAGGCCUCGAUGUCUCCAACAAUCCAGUAAGGAAGAUUCUCAUCUAGAAUUUUCACGAUUGCCUGGACAAUCGAUAGAGGGAAGAAUUGGUUCGCUCAGCAAGUUGCCGUUCGUCGCUCUUGUCGAAACCCAAAUGAACCACUUCAAAAAGUGCAGUGCAAAUACAAGCAAUGAAAAGUGACAUAAAUAAGCAGAGACAAAAACUGCAAGGUGGAUUUAUCACAGUUAAGAAAUCAAGUAAAGCGGAUUAUGUGCAAUAUAAAAACCAAAACAGUGAGUGUUUUAUAACCGAGAAUGCCCGGGAAAAGGUAAAGUGAAAGGAGGAAAUGCCUUUUGAAUUGUGUACAAAGACGAUAUAAGAUUUCAAAGUGUCGAAAAAUUUUGACCAUCGUAAUGAAUGAAUAACCUGAACAAUCGAAAUGUGAAUAAGUUAAAAAAUCCUGUAAAAGUGAACAAAUAAAAAAAACGCAUGUGAGGUGAAAAUCAUUAGCCAAUUUCCUAAUUGUGAAUCGUGAAUUGUGCAACAUGAAGCGACUACUGCAGUAGAAGGCGAGACCACGGUGCACGAAAGUGGACCGGCGGGAUCCAAAGAGACAGGAGUCUCCAACGUGGAUGCGUAUGGACAGGAGUCCCACCAAGAUGAUAAUGAACACGAGUACCGAGAUGACAACGUAAACGAAUACCGACAGAAAAGCAUAUGGCGCAUCAAAAAUGUGAAAACGAAGAUAAGUUUUUUGUGGACAAACGCGCGAAGGUCAUCUAGAACAUUUCGACAGGGAAAUGUUCCGGGAGGAUCGAAGAACGUAACAUACUCGGACACAUUUUACACGGUGCAACAGAUCGACGCGUGAAAACGAUUUUUGGUAGUAGGGCGAGAAUAGAGAGGAAACACUUGGAAUUGUUUCGGGUGGUAGUGUCCCGCCGACAAGAGAAAGAAAAUGGUGCCAGUAGGCGACACACGGUGGCUCAGAUUGGGCCUGUCGUUGCUCACAGUGACACUGGUGGGGUGGGUCGUGGAAGCGACGGUACCAACUGACAGCUACCAAUUGACGGGGAGUAGCAGCAUCGGCGCAUCGACAGUGUCCGCAAAGGAGACGGUGUCAACUUCAACUUCAUCAACCUCAACCAACACCACUAUCAACCGCUGUCGCGAAGUCUGCCUGACAAAGCACUCCAUACCCGAUAUGGCGUGCAGCCAAACGCAAGCCUGCUCAACGUGUUUGAGUAGCUGUGCAUACCCAGGAGAUUCAUCGCCAAUGCCAUCUUCACAUAGAACCUCUCCGCUGCGUUGUAAAUUAGAGCUCACCGUCCACCGAAUGGUACGCAACGAGUCCCUCGUCACAGCAGACGUUAGCUGGUCGGCAACCGUGUCCGACAUCUGCAAUGACACCAACUUCAGACUUCCAGGAUCGAGCCAAUGUCUUGUUACGUGGGAAGUGUCUGGCGGAGGACUUAUGGGCAAUUUACUGACCGAGUCCUCCAGUGUCCAGCUAUCGCUCUGGUCCGACACGAACUAUAGCAUACAGGUCACCUGUCGCAGUAAGCAGCACUCGAGCUCGCUGGAACGGUCAGCACCGCUGGUUCUCAGCACCUCCAGAGCUAUCAUGCUGAAGAGUAGUCGAAAGUCAAUAAUAUCAGACGUAACAGCUUCCACCGUCCAGCUACUUAGCGAAAUCGCCGAAGGUGAUGAUGAUGAGGCAUUGGCGCGUGCGCUGGAUUCCUCCGAGGAGUUGGACAGAAACGGACAUCGCAGUCGUCUCUCGGGUCGACUCCACCCAUGGCCAAUUGCACGCGAAAGCGAGAGUGAAAUCGCCAUCCUAGCACUGUUUGUCGCCAUGCUGCUGUUUUUGCUGGUGCUACUGACCAUCGUGAUAAUGGUCAAGUGGCGUCCCAGUCCUGAUGAACCCGAUCGGCUCGAGAAAGACGUAUUGGUUGAGAACGAUGCUAUGUUUGAGAUCCUGCAUGUCUAAAAACGGUCGUCAGGGCAAGUAUGCGAACGCAGUGGGAGACUGUGUAAAUAUUCAACAAUCAAAUCCGAAUCUUGCCCUUUGCAUGCGAGAUGAUCGGAUUAGCUAAAUAUGAAGGUGAUAUAAGUUACGGAAUCAUUUUUUGAAUUAGCAAACGCAAGUGAGAAGCGUGACAGAAGAAAAACGGAAACCGAGUGGUUAAAACAUUCGAAACCAACGAAUAAGUCUAGAACCCCGAAAUGGAUGGAAACCCUAAUCUCAAAUGCAAAAUGUUAAACAAAGCAACGCUAUGCUAAGAAGCCAAUGAGAAGGCAUGUGUUUGCCUCAUUCAAAUAUUUCAAACAGAUGAGGCUUAUAUAAGCCUCUCCAUUCAAUUCGCACGGAUAUCAUUUGUGGAUUAAUACCUCUGAUUAAAGUUCAAAAUGCCAGCUGAGUUUCAUUAGUAUCCCUCUUACUUUAACCCAUUUUGAUACAGAGAUGGAUUAAGUUUCAAACUAGAAUUCCUUAAGUUGGCCUUGUUUUGCACUUAAAUAGUUUAUUGCUCCUGUCAUAACCUUGAACACCUCAAACGCUUCCAACUUGAACAACCCGGUGGCGGUUGGGUUGACAGCAGCUGCCAAUAGCGAAUGUGCGGGAAGAAGAGCGACAUUGACAGAAGGGAAUAACAUACGAAAUACAGAACCUGGCUGUACCUAAAGGAAACUAAGCAGAUAUUCAGUGUCAGGCAAUAAAAAAACACCUUCAUAUCCUGUUUUAAGCUACUAAAUUAAUUAUACUGAUCAAGAUUUAGUGCUGUCGUCUGCCAAUCCAUUAUCCCCUUUCUGACGGACGCACCAACGCCAUUGCUCUAUCUCAGUUUGGUUUUACCACACCUUCUCUGAACAUAUGGACGGCCUAAAAGGACUUUACGAACUUAGUCGUCCAGUGCCAUUCUCAGUCACGACCAGCCCACCUAAGCCUGACCAGCCUAAAUCGCUGCACAAAGGUGAGAUCACCGUACAGCACGUCGUUGUAACGACGCCUAUGUGCCAGGUUUAUACUACUGCUCUCGAUCGUUCUAAUAACCAUGAAUGUUAUUGUUUUAACAACAUUAAAAAGUGAUUAUAACCUGCUUACAGAGCAAACGUAGACGAUGAAAUGAUUUUCUGACUGAUCAAAUGAUAAGAUCAUUUGAACAACAUCUUUAACUACCCGUAACAGACAUAAACAAAGCAAAUUCGUUGAAAUUCGGCAUGACAACCUCAAUUUGUAGGUUGUUAGCAUUUAGUUUGUGUGGUUCUAUUGACCAGCACUGAAAUUAAACUGGAUAAGCUGACAUACAUCUCAAUCUGUGAUGCGUAUCUCUCAGUAAAUACCAUAAGUAUUCGUAGUGCAACGUGGAUGAGGGUGAUGCAAAGUUUCCUGAAAUUACUUCAAUAGUAUUGUAGUUCUCCAAAAAGAUCCGCUAAUGUAACCCUAACCUGUUGUGAUUGUGAGGGGUAUUGUGAUUCGGGACACACACACACACACACACACACACACACACACACACACACACACACACACACACACACACACACACACACAUUACUCUAAUUAUUGCUGGAUACGGUGUGUGACUGGCAGCUAGUGUUAACCAUCUCAAGCUUACUUUAUAAAUGUUACAACGAAAUUAUUCACUAGUACAAAACAUUAUCAACGAACAGUGGAAUGAGGCGUAAAGAGUCGUGAGAAGGAGUCUGCAAUGGAAAAGGGCCCAUUUCAUUCGAUCGGUAGUUUUAAAUCACUUCGUGCAAAAUAAAUGGCUGUUUGCUCUCACACUCAUAAGCAAGAAGGAAAAACAUGAUUCCUAAUAUAAAACCAAAACAAAAAAGCGAACAUCCUUUUCACUUCAUUAACACCUGCUGUGCGAAUGUAUACAUUUGCAUUAAAAACUUAUCGCCAAGCUUAGAUAAAUCCUUAAAAAA